AUGGACAUGGUGCACACGUACGUGCCGAUCUCUCCGGUAACCACUCUUCGUCAGAUCCGCACCUCGACGUUCUCUGCACUCUUGCAAUCUUCACCUAGCCCCUUGCUGCUUCGUCCAGGGAUCAUUAAGCGCGUGCCAGGGGAGGCCACCGCGGCGGAGGUGAGCCCGGUGGUGCGGGUUCUGGACGAGCUGAAGGCCUCUCACAGUGCCAGCGGCGGGUCGGAGCAGGAUUUCGACGGACUCGUCUCUCUGCUUGAUGAGUUGCGCGGCCUGUGCAGCUUCGGCGAGGGUUCAGAGAAUGCAGGGAUCGCGGUACGGAAUGGCAUCGUGGAGGCGCUCGUUGCCCUGUGCGCGUCCGCUCGGGUUCAACAGGAGAGGUUGCUUGCAUCGGCCUUGAAGACGCUGAGCUCCGUGCUCCGUGGUAUGACAUUGGUGUGCUUGCGGGUCUUUUGA